CGGGGAGUCUACAAAUUACCUGUAGAGGGCAGAAAUACUCCUUAGCUACGUGUAGUCUGCCGCAGAUGUCAUCAUCAUCAUCAGAAGAAGAACGGACUAAGAAUGCAGCGAGACAAAACUAGCAACGCCGGUGGGGCUGAAAAGUCCGACCGAGAGGCCGCCAUAAUGUCGAAAUACUACGAUGGAGUUGAAUUUCCUUUCUGUGACGAGUUCUCCAAAUAUGAAAAAAUGGCAAAAAUAGGGCAAGGGACCUUUGGGGAGGUGUUCAAAGCAAAGCACAGACAGACCGGGAAGAAGGUCGCACUGAAGAAAGUUUUAAUGGAAAAUGAGAAAGAAGGGUUCCCAAUCACAGCUCUGAGAGAGAUCAAGAUCCUGCAGCUGCUCAAACAUGAGAAUGUGGUCAAUCUGAUUGAGAUCUGCAGAACCAAAGCUACUCAGUUCAACAGAUACAAAGGCAGCAUCUACCUGGUGUUUGACUUCUGUGAGCACGACCUGGCCGGGCUGCUGAGCAAUGCCAAUGUGAAGUUCACUCUGGCAGAGAUCAAAAAGGUUAUGCAGAUGUUGCUCAAUGGAUUGUACUACAUCCACAGGAACAAGAUCCUUCACAGAGACAUGAAAGCAGCCAACGUGCUCAUUACCAGAGACGGUGUCCUGAAGCUGGCUGACUUUGGUUUGGCUCGAGCCUUCAGCCUGGCUAAAAACAGCCAGGGGAACCGCUACACCAACCGCGUGGUCACACUCUGGUACAGACCUCCAGAGUUGCUGCUGGGUAAGAGACCACCAAAAAAUUCCAUGCAGCGCACAAAGGCAGAAAUAUGCAAACAUCAUUCAUAAGAGCAUUGUUGAAGA